AAGCGGAUCCAAACCAUGAGAGGGAGGGGGGCAGGCAUCACGUGCCCCCUCUCCUCCCAGACUACUACUUUAAUUUCUUCCUCGCCAAUAUGGUGGCUCCGGUUGCCUAUUUCUUUCUUCCCCUCUCACUUCUCACCGCGCCAUGCGACUACCAUUCUCCAUCACGCUAGCUAGCCGUCUAACAAGAGAUCUUCGGCCUCUCCUCCGACGAACAUGAUGAAAUCCUCCUCCCAAUCAUCACUGACCGCGAGGGCGACGCUUCCCUGCAGGGCGAAGCUGGAUUACUCGCGCAGCCCAAUAAUCAGCUCGUCGUCGCCCAUAGAUCUGAUUCCUUCGUCGAAGAUUUGGAAGCUGGAGUACUUGUUCGGGGGCUGCAUGAGGGCUGCGAAGAAGACGUUGCAGAAGUGCCUGAGCUUCCUCGUCCCCUCGGCGCACCCGACGCUCAGGUGCUCGAGAUCGGUUUCCUUUUCCAAGUCGACGUCGACCCGGGGCGGCUGCAAGGACUCCGCCAGAAGCAGCGGCGCUUCCAACGCCACUGCAGCUGCGGCCUCUUCCUCCAACAUGCAGUUGUGUCGUAGCAACGCCGAUAUCUCCAUCUACGACGCGAUUGUUCACUGCAAGAAAUCGAUCGGACAGAGUUAAAGGUGAUUGAACUACGAAGAUUAAGAAGAAAAAUGAUUGGGUUGUCAAAUAAUUUAUCUCGUAAUAUAAUUGGUGACGAUCUAUCAUCAUAAUUGAUCAGCGACUACAAAGCGCGAUAUAAUGUACAUAUAUGAAUGAAAAAUUAAGACUGUUUCAAGUCAUUUUGUCUAGCUAGCAAGUGU